CUUAUACAUUAUAUUAGUCUGGUACAAGCCGUUCAUUCAUCUAAGAAGGAUUCUCCUUAGGGAGAGGUGGAUGGUCAUACAGGAUGGUCUCCUGGAUAAUCUCCCGGCUGGUGGUGUUAAUAUUUGGCACCUUAUAUCCAGCUUACUCAUCAUAUAAAGCAGUAAAGACAAAAAAUGUCAAAGAAUAUGUGAAAUGGAUGAUGUAUUGGAUUGUGUUUGCCUUUUUCACAACUGCAGAAACUCUCACUGAUAUAAUCCUUUCAUGGUUUCCUUUCUAUUUCGAACUAAAAAUUGCAUUUGUGAUUUGGCUUCUUUCACCGUACACAAAAGGCUCAAGUGUGCUCUACAGGAAAUUUGUCCAUCCAACUCUUUCCUGUAAGGAAAAGGAAAUCGAUGAGUAUAUUGCUCAGGCAAGGGAAAAGAGCUAUGAAACAAUGAUGCGCGUUGGUAAAAGAGGACUGAAUCUUGCUGCAAAUGCUGCAGUAACUGCUGCUACCAAGGGCCAAGGAGUUCUGUCGGAAAAACUGCGCAGUUUUAGCAUGCAGGACCUGACUUUGAUUGCGGAAAAUGAAGUUGGUCACAUGCAGAAUUCAGAGCCUCGGCUACGCAGUGCUUCCAGUAGCUUUAUGGAAACUCAUGUGGAUCCAGUGCAAACAAUCUGCUUAGCUUCUGAGGAUCAGCGUCAUAGUGCCAAGUCAGAUGGAGAGCAAUCUGAUGCAAAAACAGAACAGUCAGAUGAAGAUGCCACUGAAAAAGUCCCAAAGCGUACAGCCAGUGUCAAAAGUGUCAAAAAAGUUACAAAAGUUGAGCCUCAGCCAAAGAAUAUUAAAGCCCGUCCCAAGAAAAAACCUACAGCAUCCACUAUUGCUGGAGAAUCGGCAUGAAGACUUGUAUAUUCGUUCUCUUUACAGAAUGUACUUUAAACUUUUUUCCCUCAUUUGAGAUUCUUCUGGUGACGUGGGAAUUCAGAGGGAAAAAAUGCUUUUAGAAUAACUCCAAAUAUAGGGUUAAUGUUCACAAGGAAAUUUGCUUUCUUAAAGAAUAUAUAGUAC